AUGGCUGAAUUUGGGUUUGCUUCUCAAGCUGGAUUCUGUCCAAGGGAAUGGUUACGAUAUCAGAGGAACUGUUAUGGGCUCUUCCAUGAGAAGCUGAGCUGGCAUGAAGCUGAGAUCAGGUGCCAAAGCUAUGGCCGGGGGACCCACCUUGCCUCUAUCCUUACCUGGCCAGAAACAUUGAUUGUAUCCAAACAUAUCUCUGCCUAUAUGAAAGAAAAAGGGGUUGAUGUAUGGAUUGGACUCCAUGAUGUUCGCCAUAAUGGGAACUGGAGGUGGACAGAUGAGUCUGCUUUCAAUUACAAGAACUGGAUGCGUGGAGAACCCAACAAUCUUUGGAAUUCUGAAUACUGUGUUGCUCUCCGAGCACCUGCAGUCAUCUCCACAACACAAACUUUCAAUCCCCCAGAAUUACUGGAAAACGUAUCUCUGUUCCGAUUGAUGUAG